AUGUUCGACAACUUGAUGGACAGUUCCGAUGUCAUGAAACUGUUAGGUGUGUUAAUCUUUUUAUUGAUCAUGUUUUAUGUGAAUGGGUUUAAUAAGCGGAUAGCCAAGAAGCUUUCCAAUCGCAUUCAAGGUGCAAACUCAAACUUUCAAAUGGGUGUGAUAGGUGAUAUUACUGGGUAUGAGACUCAAGCCAAAACAGUGAUAGAUCAUGCUCUUGAGACUUUUGUUCGCAUCGGUGGAAAUGUCAUGAAGACAAGUGUAGUCGUCAAACACCCGACACAAGGAAACAUCUCUGAAGUCGUCGUCCCAAUAGCUCAGAAGUACAAAUUAAAGACCAUUGGGGUGAAAUGUUUACCCAAUCACCUUGAGUUACGCUCAACCAAAGACAUCUCCAAAGUCGAUGAAGAACUCGUCGUGAAUAAUUGGAACCAAUUCGGUGAUGAGUCUCAAACUUUUUUAAAGAGUGUCGACCAACUCAUUUUAUUAACAGGAAAGCACGAAGACAAGAUUUCUCUCGCCGAAUUCGAAAAAUUUACUGGCGCAAAAGUCCGUUAUGACUUAGCACUUCCAAAUUUCAUGACUCCAGUGACUUCAGAGGCCCAGGCAUAG